AUGGCAACACUCUACCCCUCCCUGGAGGACAUGAAGGGCCACCAGGUCCUGCAGGCACAGGCAGCAGCUGGGGUGAGGACCCCUGCCACCACAGUGGCCACAGAGAAGCCAAAGCUCACCUCUGCCACCACAGUGUCCACAGAGAAGCCAAAGCUCACCUCGGGCACCGACCACCCCUCGGUAUGUCCCUCAGAGCCUCCUGUGCUGUACCCCAACCUGGCCGAGCUGGAGAACUACAUGGGGCUGGCACUCUCCAGCGAGGAGAUCCAGAAGAACCUGGGCACGGAGGACAGCACCGCGCUGACCCCCGUGGGGCCCUCCCCAGGCCAGCUGGUGGCUCCCCUGAGCGGGCACAGCGCGGGGCUGCGGCGGGCAGAGAUCAAACCGGGCGUGCGGGAGAUCCACCUGUGCAAGGACGAGCGCGGCAAGACGGGGCUGCAGCUCAAGAACGUCGACCAGGGCAUCUUCGUGCAGCUGGUGAAGGCCAACUCGCCAGCAGCGCUGGUGGGGCUGCGCUUUGGGGACCAGGUGCUGCAGAUCGAUGGCAAGAACUGCGCGGGCUGGAGCAGUGACAAGGCACAGCGCGCCCUGAAGAAGGCCAACCCUGAAAAAAUCGUCAUGGUGGUGAGGGACAGGCCAUUCCAGCGCACCGUGACCGUGCACAAGGACAGCACUGGCCACGUCGGCAUCGUGGUGAAGAAAGGGAAGAUUGUGUCGCUGGCCAAGGACAGCUCGGCCGCCCGCAACGGGCUCCUCACCCACCACUGCAUCUGCGAGGUGAACGGCCAGAACGUCAUCGGCAUGAAGGAUAAGCAGCUCAUGGAGGUGCUGGCAGGGGCUGGGAACGUGGUGACACUGACCAUCAUCCCCACUGUGAUCUACGAGCACAUGGUCAAACGGCUCUCAUCAGGGCUGGUGAAGUCAUCCAUGGACCACUCCAUCCCUGACCUGUGACACCAUCGCUGCUGUUCCGGGAGCUGAUGCUGGAAGCCCGGCUGAGAGGACCCCAGAGCACCUCCAAAGGAGCUAUUCUGGCACAAAACCUCUUAUCCUGUCAGAGUCUGGUGGCUGCUGGGUGGUUCCUCCUCUCCUCAGCUGUCCUGUACCAGGGUCCCACUGUCCCCGUGUCCCUGCUUGGGCCACCCCCUCAGGGCAGAUGCCAAGGGCUGGCUCCAGCCGAAGCAGACACAGACCCAGCGACAUUUAUUACAUCCACCACAGACAGCGAGUACAGGACAGGGGAAACAAGAAGAGGGGGGUUACAGCUUUUUCAGUUCUGUAUUUAAAAAAUAUAUUAUAUAGAUUUGUCUUUCAAAUAUAGUCGUUACAUUUAUUUCUUGGCAAAGCUUUGGAUAGCCUAACAGACGUGUACACAGAUCCACAAAUACAUUGCACGAGAGGCGAAUAUCCCAGCUCCACUUACAUCUGCCCUGGUGGGCACUGCUGCUCCCCAGAUCCUUCCCCCAGCACCCGGUGCUGUGCUGGUGGCAGAGCUGCUGUCCCCACUGCCCCCCAGCACGGGCAGAGCGGGCAGAAGGGGAUGCAGGGGAGUGUGGGGCACGCAGGAUGGGGCACGCGCCCCUCUGGGGACCGCUGGACACCGGCGUGUGGAGCGUCACCGGCUGCCAGGGCACCCACGGGUGGCACCCACGGGUGGGGAGUGGGCCUGGGUCGGGGUUGGGGGGAAACACUGUUAGUUCAAGUCACGAAGAAACCACAGACAUUCGUGGGGUGGGAGUGCGGCACGCCCGGGGGAGCCCCAAGUCCCGCGCCCCAACAGCCCCGCUGAGCAAUCCUUGCUGUCUUUGUGUUUCAACAACAACAAAAAAAAGGCAUUUUUUUUUCCGGAGGCCGCCAGCAAAGCGGGGGUUUGGGCGGGCCGGGGCGGCAAAGGG